UUUGAAAGAAAACAGGAAGACAAGAAUGUAGAAGGAAGCCAAUCAUUUGAGAAGGGCUUUUUAAAGCAAAAAUUGUGUAUUUUAUCACCAAAAAAAUGUACUGAAUUUUGGUAGAAUGAGAUUUCUUUUGGCCAGCAGGGUUUGGCUUCUGCACUACAUGGCUUGUCGGGGUCAUUUUUAAUGACUUUCUCUGCAGUUAUGGGGACAAAAAUAUUUUGGCAGAAACUAUUCAGUGUAGAUUUCCAGAAUGCAAGUGGAUUUCAAUGGCUGUUCGAAACAGACAAUCCAUUGUUGAAUUAGCAGUGAGUGCAUCCGGAAAAUAACUUGCAGUUCUAUGUAAAUGCCCACUGCUUUCUUCCUACGUAGACAUACAUAUAUUUGUAAAACUUUUGGUGCACAUGAAAACUUUUAUAUUCUUCAAAGACAAGACGGUUGAUGAAGAUGGGUAUGUGAUUGGUGUGAGGAAGAACGCUCUUCAGAUCUUCAUUCCUAAGUUUGGUUUGGAGGGUACCCUGUAUGUUCAACAGACUGAGGAUGGAGCCAAGACUAGUCCUUUCACUUAUGAUGAUGAGGAGCCAAGUCAGAAUGCAGGUGACGUGAAGUUCAGAGCUUUUGAUUAUGUCAAAGUUCAAAUCAGUAUGAAGGCUACCAGUAUACAGCAUCAGAAGCUUAGGUUACAGCUGGUACAGCCAGAGGUUCCUGGAUUCAGUGUUCCUGCGGUAGAAGAAACACCAGGACAAGAUGACAAACAGGAUGAACCUCCCGCAAAGAAAGCAAGAUCCAAGUCCAAGUAUUAAAACAAAGCCGUUGGAAAGCGAUAACCCGCAUCCUGUCUUAGGCUUACCAUGAUUUGAGGAAACUAGCCAUGUUGUUCAUGGGGCUGUAAAACCAGAGAGUCUGUGACUUUCAACUAAAGUAACUUUCAACUUUAGUAACUUUCAACUUACGUAAUUACAGCCAUUCGUGCCGCAACAAUGAUUUGCCAAUUGCAAAAAUUACUGUUGCAUCAUUUGUGCUUGAAUUAUCUCAAUACCGGAUAUAACUUUUGCGAAGCUGAAUCACUCGCUUGACAGUUUUUUUUCAUGCACAUACAUUGGAGGAGUGCAAGUAAUAUAGUCUCACAGAUAUUAUCAUUGAGGUUUGUCUUUAAAAACAAAAAUUGCUCGCCCAGCUACCCCAAUGAGACGAUAUUGAUGGAGACUCAUUUUCAUUAAUCGUUGAUGUCAGACCUGUCAGGAUUUUCAACACUUUUCUACAUAAACAACAUGGGAGUGAUUUGGGAAUGAUUUCAAUCAUUAUCACUCGUGGUAUUGUUGAUAUAUUUUGGAGUGAAAUAGAUUCAUAACAUUAGUAGGGUCAACUCAAUUCAAUGCCCUAUCACAUGGAUAGUUUAAAACUUUUUAAUCUUUAAGAAACUUGAUUCUCAUUGGUUUAAACUAGUUACCUUGCAUUGAUAUAUAACACAUGUCACUCCAGGCUUUAUAGAGUAUACUUUUUAUCUCAUUUUUUUACUUUAAUAAUAAGUUUGUUUUUAAACCUUAAUUAUCGGAAUGAGAUUUUAUCAAUAAUCAGGCAAUAAUGUUUCUUGAGGCAGUUUGUAACUUCCACUAACUGUCCUUUUAAUCUGUGUUUUUAUGGAGUAACAUGCCAAACCAAGAUUGUAUUAUUUUCUUAUAACAAACAAAUCUUUGGCAAAUUGUAGCUGUUAUGAGAAUUCCAUCGUAAUUUUAUCAUAUAUUGUAAGUAAUUUCAUUGUUUUUCCAAAUAUUUUAAUAAUUUUUUUUUUCUCUGGUCAAAAGAUGAAACGAGGAACAAGAUCCAAUUUUACCAAGGCCUUCAACUUUGCUCUCUUUUUUUACAAGAUGCUAAGCAUGUAUUCAUGAGACAUGCUUAUAUGAAUAUGCAAUAGACCAAUUUACAUAUGCAUUAAAAUUAUAAUGCUGCAUUUUUAUGUAUUACAGUACAGUGAGAGUUGGCCCGCAAGGGGUUUAAACAUUUAUUAAAACAGCUACAUGUUUGAGUUGUUAUUGUACAGGUUUGAAAAUCGCUACAGGUGUGAAAUUCUAUUGUACAGGUUUGAAAAUCAGCAAAAAGUGAAUAUUUAUUCUCAGACCAAGAUAAUUUCUGAAAUAUUAAGGUAAUCCCGUUGCAUCAAACUUACCAUUGAUGGUAACUUUGCCAUCAAUGGCAACUACCAUGGUUACAGGGCUCAACAGUCAAUCAAGAUCAAGGUUUCCAUGGUAGCUACCAUUGAUGGCAAAGUUACCAUCAAUGGUAAUUUUUGUGCAAUGGGGCCUGGACCCUGACAACAAAAGACUUAGCGCUUCGCACACAUCACUUCAUACUCCUUCUAAGUUCAAUUUGACAUGUUUUAGUUUUGUUUCGGGACCACCCUGUGCAUCAUUACGGUAUGUAUUUCAAUACAGUACUAACAAUGCAAGCUUAAUGGAAUGUAAGAUUUUGGCUUCAUGAACAACCGUUGAUGUUGAGGUUUGCAUGAAAUUUGAGUGCAUAUGUGAACUGGUCUAUUGGAAAGCAGUUGGCUUAUUAAAAGAAAUAAUUGUACAUUUAUAAA